CCCAUCAGCAACGCAGACUUUAUUGUCCCUGUGGAGAUUGACGGGACAGUUCAUCAGGUCUACGUACUGAAGAGGCCUCACGUGGAUGAGUUUCUGCAGAAAAUGGGCGAACUGUUUGAAUGUGUUCUUUUUACAGCCAGCCUGGCUAAGUAUGCUGACCCUGUAGCAGACCUGUUGGACCGUUGGGGUGUGUUCAGGGCCCGGCUCUUCAGGGAAUCCUGUGUGUUCCACCGGGGGAACUACGUCAAAGACCUCAGCCGACUGGGCCGAGAGCUCAACAAAGUCAUCAUAGUUGACAACUCACCUGCCUCCUACAUCUUUCAUCCAGAAAACGCUGUGCCGGUGCAGUCGUGGUUUGAUGACAUGACAGACACCGAGCUGCUGGAUUUACUGCCACUGUUUGAAGGCCUGAGCAAAGAGACGGACGUUUACAGUGUGUUACAGAGCCUGAAGGCCAGGUAGCAUACGGGUCCAGCACUGCCUCGCAAACACAAACACCCCCUCCAGCUUCUCAGGCCCUGGCCUCUAGAGGACACCACUCACCCAACAAACGCCACUCCAUCUCCCUCAAUGGACCAACGGCCAACAGAAUUCCUUGGCAAGCAAAUAUACAGUAUACACUUAGUUCAUUUCAACUUUUGAUGCAGAUUUAAAGAGAAACACAAGAGUUUACUAUUCUUAAGUAUAUUUACCAGGAAAAA